UUGUAGACAUGGGAACCAUGGGGUGGCUGCAAUAUUUGGUGGCAGCAUUGGUGUUUGGGCUCUGCUCAGCCGGACAUGCAGGAAAAGAGUUUGCCACAGUUUUUAUGCAAAACUAUGAAACAACUGCAGCUGACCCACGGUUUGAACUUCAAAUCUCAGCCUACUUCCCAAGCACCAAAAUCAAAGUCACAGUACCAGGGACAUCAUUUUCACAAAACUUUGAUGUCGCACCUGGUCAGGGUGUAAUAGUUUCCUUACCAAAAAACAUUGAGUUGCUUCAGACCAAAAAGUAUUUUAACACAGUACUCGUUCAAUCAACUCAAGAUAUAACUGUGCAGAGCUUCAACUCUAAGCAUCUAUCAGCCGAUACUGCCAUUAUUUACCCAGUAAGUGAGUGGGGCACAGAUUACUAUGCCUUUACACCAGAGGGAAGCCCCCCUAAUUAUUAUAAGGAAAUAGCAAUUACCAACUACAAUGUCCCCAAUGUUGUGGAAGUCUUCCUCAAGGGGACAGUGAGGUUUGAAGGUAGAACGUAUGUUGCUGGAUCCAGACUAAGAAUUGAACUUAAGGCAUAUGAGAGUGUCCAGCUGCAGAGUGUCCAUAGCUUAUCUGGUACCCGUAUUAGAUCCAAUUCCCCCGUGGCUGUCUUAAGUGGUCACAUGUGUACAUGGAAGAACACCAAAUGCAACCACGUGUAUGAACAGCUGCUACCUGUUCCUAAGUGGGGCAGCAAUUUCAUUAUCCCUCCUCUUGCAUUCCAGACUAAAGUUGACUAUGCCUACAUUUUGGCAUCUGAGCCUACCAAGAUUACUAUUGAGUCCGGUGGCACCCGUGAAUCUAUCAUCUUGAUGCAAGAGAGACUGUAUCAGGUAGAUGUCAAAUUCCCCAAUGCUGUCAUCAUCUCAGCUAACAGAGGCAUCCAGGUCAUGUUUUUGUCAUCUGGUGGCUAUAUAGGUAAUGUCCCAUUUGACCCUUUUCUCAUGAACAUUGCAGACACAGGCAGUUUUUGUAACAGCUUCACAUUGCAAGGACAAAAUAACUUCAGAAAUUCAGCAAUCAUUGUGGCUCGGGUGAGUGCCAGGGCAGAAAUUAGGCUUGAUGGAAAUCUGCUGCAGUCAGACAUUACAUGGAGGGCAAUAGGGGGGUCAGAGUACUCCUGGGCUGAGGUGGACUAUUCAAGUAGAUCUGGUCGGCACACCUUCAGCCAUCUAAACUCAAAUUUCAUUGUCUAUGGAGUGGGCACCUGUGAAAUGAAUGGUUAUGGCUCAGUGAUACCGUGUGGUCCUGUAGUCAGUCUGGACUGCAAAACCAUAACAUGCAGUAAGAACGAGAUCUGUGUGAUGAAGGAUGGCUUCCCCAGCUGCAUCCGUAAUGUCCCAGGAACCUGCUGGGCAAUGGGUGACCCCCACUAUCGUACUUUUGAUGGGCGCACUUUUGACUUCAUGGGCACCUGUACAUACACCAUUGCCAAGACCUGCCAUGGAGAAACCAGUCUUCCAACCUUUGAGAUUGAAGCCAAAAAUGAGAACCGAGGCAACUUGCGUGUGUCAUAUGUAGGAAUGGUCACCAUCAAAGUUUAUGACUACACCAUCACUGUGGUCCACUCUGAGAGGGGCCGAAUUCGGAUUAAUUACAUGCUCUGGUACCUUCCUGUGUAUCUUGAUGGUGGCAAGAUUCAAAUAUACCAAAGCGGCCCCUCUGUCAUUGUGGAGACAGACUUUGGCUUGAAAGUCCACUACGACUGGGAUCAUUACUUGGUGAUAACUCUCUCCUCCACCUACGAAGGAAAGGUUUGCGGUCUCUGUGGCAACUUUAAUGGCAAGAUAAAUGACGACUUUACUACCCCCAGUGGCACCCUGGCACCAAACGCAAUUGACUUUUGCAGCAGCUGGAAGAUUUCUGGAGGUGUGGGUGGAGAACUGUGCUGGGACAACUGCAAUGGAGAGUGUCAGCGCUGUGAGGACAGCUUCUGGAAACGCUUUGAAGGCGAGCUCUUCUGUGGGCUUAUCACCCGCAUCAUUGAUGGACCGUUCCGCAUGUGCCACUCCAUCAUAGAUCCAAAAGUCUACCUGGACAACUGUGUGUAUGAUGUCUGCAUCAAUGGAGGCUACCGCCACUUCCUGUGCCAGUCACUGCAGGUGUAUUCAGAUGUCUGCCAGCGUGCUGGCAUUGUUGUUUACGACUGGAGAAUCGUGGCCAACUGCCCCGCUUCAUGCUCUGAGAACAGCCACUACGAGCACUGUGGAAACGCCUGCCCUGCAACUUGCCUUGACCCCAGUGCCCCCUCAAAAUGCACAUCUUACUGCGUAGGUGGCUGCCAGUGUAAUGCAGGAUACGUCCUUAGCGCUGGAAAAUGUGUGCCAGCCAGCAGCUGUGGUUGCAACUAUAAUGGGCGGCAUAUCCCUACUGGGGAAAAGUUCUGGGGUGAUAACACCUGCCAACAAAGAUGUUACUGCAACCCCACUACCAACAAGGUGGAGUGCAAGAACCAAGGCUGCAAGUCUGGUGAGCAGUGCAAGGUCGUCGACGGCAUAACUGGCUGUCAUCCAAUUACCUACAAAACCUGCUCAGCAUCAGGAGACCCCCACUACCUGACCUUUGAUGGACGUCGCUAUGAUUUCAUGGGCACAUGUGUCUAUCAGUUGGUUGGAGUCUGUAGUAAAGACCCAGAUCUUGUGCCUUUUGAGGUUGAAGUGCAGAAUGACUACAGAGGCAGCAAAGUGGUUUCCUACACAAAGUUAGUCUUAGUUAAGGUGUACAAUGAGGUUAUCGUGAUGAGCACAGAGCACCCCAGGCAAGUCAUGGUGAAUGGUGAGCUGACGAACCUGCCAGUCUAUCUCAGUAAUUUCCAGGUAGUGGUGUAUCUCAGCGGAAACACUGGUGUCAUUGAAACCAACUUCAACCUGAAGGUCACCUUUGAUUUCAGUAGUGUGGUCAGCGUGACUUUACCCAGCACUUAUUCUGGAGCUGUCUGUGGCCUCUGUGGAAACUACAACAGCAAGAACGAAGAUGACAUGGUCAUGAAAAAUGGCCGUCUUGCCAGCAACCCCACAGAAUUCGGCCAGAGCUGGCGUGUGGCAGAAAUUCCCGGCUGUGUGGAAGGCUGUAAGGGUACAUGUCCCGAUUGUGACAUCACUCAGAAAGUUCAGUAUGAGACCAACAGCUACUGCGGCAUCAUUAAAGAUCCCAGUGGUCCAUUCCGGGACUGCCAUGCCAAGGUGAAUCCUGCCGGUUACUUUGAAAAUUGUGUGUAUGAUGUGUGCCUCUACAAAGGAGUGAAAUCCGUCCUGUGCCAGGCAAUCACUGCCUACACAUCAGCUUGCCAACAAGCUGGGGCCAAAAUCUAUCCUUGGAGGAAAGAUACCUUCUGCCCUCUCACAUGUACUAAAAACAGUCAUUAUGAGGUGUGUGUUAAUGGCUGCCCAGCAACCUGCCAUGACCUAAACUCACCAGUGGGCUGCAAAGCCCUUUGUCAGGAAGGCUGCUCUUGUAACGACGGCUUCAUUCUCAGCGGUGAUAGUUGUGUGCCCAUAUCAGAGUGUGGAUGUCUGUACAAGGAGAGGUACUACAAGCUUGGUGAAGUCUUCUUCCCAAGUGGUCUCUGCCAGGAUCAGUGCACAUGUCAGCAGAAUGGCAAGGUUGAUUGUAAGAAGUUCUCCUGUGGUGCCAAUGAGGAGUGCAAGGUGGAGGGAGGAGUGAGAAAGUGUCACCCAAAAGGAAAAGGAGUCUGUUCUGCCUCUGGGGACCCACAUUACAUCUCCUUUGAUGGCUUAAAGUUUGACUUCCAAGGCACCUGCACGUACACCUUGGCAAAAUCUUGCCAAAUUGAAGGAAAUCCAGCACUACAAUCCUUUUCUGUUGAUGUAGAAAAUGUGAAGUAUGGUAACGGCAAAGUGUCGGUCACCAAAAUGGUUGCCGUAAAGGUGUUUGGCAAUACCUUAAUUCUGAAGAACGGUCAGCCUGGACUUGUCAUGAUCAAUGAUAUUUGGUUUAACCUUCCAGUCGAAUUGGGAAAUGUCCGUGCCUACCAGAAUGGAGUCAACGUCAUCAUUGAAACAAAUUUUGGCUUGAUAGUCACUUAUGACCUUGUUUAUCACGUCACUGUUACUGUUCCUGGCAACUAUCGAGACAAGAUGUGUGGCCUUUGUGGCAAUUUCAAUGGUGAAAAGAAGGAUGACUUCAAGCUGCCCACUGGCUCCCUGGCACCAAAUGCUCAAGUGUUUGGCGGGGCAUGGAAAAUCAACAUUCCUGAAGUAGUGUGUGACAAUGGCUGCAGUGAAGGAAACUGUCCCGUGUGCAGCACUGACAGACAAGCCAUCUUCAAAGAUCUUAAUUACUGCGGUCUCAUCAUCAGCUCUACAGGACCGCUAGCUGCCUGUUUUGCAGUUAUUAACCCAGAAAGCUAUUUCAGCGACUGUGUGUAUGAUGUCUGCAUGUCUAAUGGAGACCUAAACAUAGUUUGCAAUAGCAUUCAGGCCUACGUUACAGACUGCCAGCAAGCCGGUGUAAAUAUUCAGAACUGGAGAACUCCAUCUUUUUGCCCAAUGAAGUGCCCUGCAAACAGCCAUUACCAGCUUUGUGCACAAUCCUGCUCCACCUCAUGUGCUGCUAUUUCUGGAAUAAGCUGGUGCCCAGUAGUCUGUGUUGAGGGAUGUGCAUGUGAUGACGGGUACUUCUUUAAUGGGGAGAAGUGUGUGCUCAUUGAAAACUGUGGCUGCUUUUAUAAUGGCAAAUAUUUCAAGUCUGGUGAAGUGGUAAUUACAGAAAACUGCCAGGAAAAAUGUGUCUGUGACUUCCUUACUGGCAUGGUAUGUGAGGCAUACACUUGUGUUGAAGGCACCAAAUGUGGAAUCAAAGAUGGAGUUAUGUCUUGUCGCUCCACUGAUCCAUGCAAAGAUGUAAAGUGCCGUCCUAAAGAAAAAUGCAAAGUACAGAAGGACGUUGCAGUGUGUGAGCCAGAAUACACUGGCACUUGCUGGGCAUGGGGAGACCCCCACUACCACACCUUCGAUGGCUACUACUUCGAUUUCCAGGGUACUUGCACCUAUACCAUUACUGAGACAUGUGGAGAUAUUGAAGGACUCGUCCCAUUUUCUGUCACAGAGAAGAAUGACAAUCGUGGCAGCACUGUUGUCUCUUUUGUAAGGACUGUGACCAUCAAGGUUUAUGACUACACCAUUGUCAUGCAGAAACAGCAGAUAGGAAAGAUAACGGUAAACAAUGAGCUUCUGAAUCUGCCUGUCACUCUUGAUGAUGGCAAAAUAAAGCUGUUCCAGAGUGGAGGUGAUGCUGUUGUACUCACCGAUUUUGGUCUGCGAGUCUCUUACGACUGGAACUGGUAUCUGCUAAUCAAUUUGCCAAGCAGCUAUUACAACAGUGUCUGUGGCCUCUGUGGCAACUUCAACGGUAACCUCAAAGAUGAGCUAAGGGAAAAGGAUGGCAACGUGGUAUCAUCAGUCAUUGAAUGGGCCAAGACAUGGAGGGUGAAUGACCGAGAUCCUUUCUGCUGGGAUUUCUGCCAGACCAACUGCCCUGUAUGUUAUGAGAACAUGCGUAACAUCUAUGAGAGUGAACAAUACUGCGGCAAACUCACCACGAAGGUGGAGGGAAUUUUCCAGCAAUGCCAUCUCAAGGUUAAUCCAGACAAGUUCUUUGACAGCUGUGUCUAUGACGUGUGUCUGUACAGUGGUGCCAAGAAGCUUCUGUGCCAAGCCUUCAACGCUUAUGCUGAAGCAUGUUUGAAAGAGGGUAUUGUCAUCAAGGACUGGAGGAAACUUGCCGAUUGCCCAAUGGAUUGUCCUGCAAACAGCCACUAUGAAUCCUGUGCCAGCCCUUGUUCAGUCACUUGUCCUUUUGCUGAAAUAAAUCCAGUCUGUGAGAAAGGCUGUGUGGAGGCUUGCGUAUGUAAUGAUGGCUACGCUCUGAGCGGAGGAAAAUGUGUGCCCAAGACAAGCUGUGGCUGUUCCUACCAAGGACGCUACUAUGAGCCAAAUGAGAAGUUCUGGGCUGAUGACUUCUGCCAUGUUAGCUGCACAUGUGAUCCUAAGUUAGGCAUGGUGAUCUGCAAGGAGUCCAGUUGCAAGUCAACUGAGCAGUGCAAGGUGGUGGAUGGAGUGAAGGGCUGCUAUCCAAUCAGCUACUCCUCAUGCACAGCAAGUGGAGACCUCCACUACAAAACCUUUGAUGGGCACACCUUUGAGUUCCAUGGCACCUGUGUCUAUCAACUUGUUGGGCUGUGUACAAAGGAUGGCCUCACUCCAUUUGACAUUGAAGUCAAAAACUCCAACCGUGGAAACAGUGCAGUGGCCUCCACCACUGAGCUCAUAGUGAAAGUGUAUGGUAUUGACAUCGUCAUCAGUAUGAAUUAUCCCUUCAGAGUGAUGGUUGAUGGACAGUUUGUCGCUCUACCAUUUUAUUAUAAUGACUACAACCUGAUCAUGUUCUACAGUGGAUUUGGAGUGAUUCUCACAACUGGGUUUAACCUGCAGUUGACAUUCACUUGGAACAAUGAGAUCACUGUCACACUGCCAAGUAGCUAUUCUGGAGCUGUGUGUGGCCUCUGUGGCAACUACAAUCAGAAGUCAGCAGACGAUAUGCUGAUGCCAGGAGGCAAACCCGCAUCCAGCAUUGUGAAGUUUGGAGACAGCUGGAAGGUGGCCGAUUCUCCAGGCUGCUCAUCUGAGUGCUCAGGCCCACUCUGCCAUUUCUGCUCUGACUCAGAGAAAAACGUGUAUAAGGCUGAACAUUACUGUGGCAUCAUUGCAAAUAAGGCUGGACCCUUCCGUGAAUGCAUUCCCAAGAUUGAUCCCACACCUUUCCUGGAAAACUGUGCAUAUGAUGCCUGCAAUCAGAAGGGUCACCACUCAACUCUCUGCAAAGCAGUGGCUGCCUACGUCUCUGCUUGUCAAAAUGCUGGCAUUACUGUACACCCAUGGAGGAGCAAUAGUUUUUGCCCUGUCUCCUGUCCCAGGAAUAGCCACUAUGAGAUCUGCACAACUGGAUGCCCCACCACAUGCUUUGGCAUGUCUGCCCCAGAGAAAUGCCACCCAGGUUGUAAGGAAGGCUGCCAAUGUGAUAACGGUUUUAUCCUAAGUGGAGACCUGUGUGUGCCUAUUUCUGAAUGUGGCUGUGUCUAUGAAGGAGAGUAUCACAAAAAAUGUGAUGUCUUCUACCCGAAAGGAGAAUGUAAAGAAGAGUGCAAAUGUGAUGAGAAAGGUGGGGCAGUCUGCAAGAAGGUCUCCUGUGGAGCCAAUGAGAAGUGCUCAGUGGUGAAUGGCAAACGUGGUUGCCAUCCAAUCGGAGAGGGCAAGUGUGUAGUUUCUGGCAAUAUCCACUACAUCUCCUUUGAUGGCAUCAGAUUUGACUUCCAGGGUACAUGCAGUUACACUUUGACUAAAGUGUGUAGUGGGGAUGCAGGCUUGAAAUAUUUCUCUGUGAAUGUUGAGAAUGAGCAGUUCGGACCUGUGGCUAUCACAAAGGCAGUGACAGUAAUGGUCUAUGGCUACAGCAUCACAAUCCAACAAGGAAUGCAGUGGGAGGUCAUGGUGGAUGAUGAGUUGUAUCUGUUGCCACUGUCACUUAAUGGAAAGAGGAUCACAAUCAAACAACUGGGCAGCGGCAUUCUUAUCCAAACAAAUUUUGGCCUUAAAGUCCUCUAUGACACCAAUAGCUACGUGGAUGUGACAAUCCCUGGAAAUUAUCGCAACAAAAUGUGUGGUCUGUGUGGUAAUUUCAAUGGCAACCCAAAAGAUGAGCUCCUCCUCCCUACUGGUGUGAUAGCCUCUGACGCAGAAGCCUUUGCUCUAGGCUGGAAGUUGGAUCUCCCUUGGGUGAAAUGUAGUGGAGGAUGCGGUAAAAGCUGUCCUGUCUGCGACCAAAGUAAGAGAGCCCUGUACAUGAAGGAAAGCUCAUGUGGCAUAAUCAAGCUGACCAAUGGGCCAUUCCAAGACUGUCAGUCCAAGGUGAAUCCUGAGCCCUUCUUCCUCAACUGUAUCUAUGAUGUGUGUGCCUUUGAAGGAGACAAGUCGAUCCUUUGUAGCAGCAUCCAAGCCUACGCUAUUGCAUGCCAGGCCGCUGGUGUGAAAAUCAAACCAUGGAGAAGUGCUUCCUUCUGCCCGGUUUCUUGUCCAGCUAAUAGCCACUAUCAGCAGUGUACAGAUACCUGCUCCACAUGUGCCGACCUCGACGUCCCAGUAAUGUGCAAUGAUCUGUGCUUUGAGGGCUGCCAGUGUGAUGCCGGCUAUGCGGCCAGUGGAAGCAAAUGCGUACCUAUGGAGUCCUGCGGCUGCAUGUUUGAGGACAUCUAUAUGCAAGUUGGAGAGUCCAUUGUGUCAAGUGGCUGCUCCAGGAAGUGCACAUGCUUAGCUUCUGGUGGCGUCUCCUGUGAAAAUCUGCAGUGCCAAGCCUCAGAGGUCUGCGGGACUCAAAAUGGAAAACGGGGCUGUCAGCCGAAAGAUGGCAAAUGUGAAGUCAAGUCAAAGGGCCUCCUCACCUCCUUUGACGGCCUGCAGGCUCAGUUUGGAAAUGGUGCAUUUGAGAUUGCUUACCUCUGUGAUGAAAAAUCUGUUGACUGGUUCCGUGUGGUAGUGGAUGUCCGAAUGUGCAACAAAGACAGCAUUGCGGCCAGUGUCAUGGUGUACGUGUACUUUGGAAACACCUAUAUUGCUGUCAAUAAUCAGCAUCAGACUUGGGUCAAUGGAAAGAGAACCAAUCUGCCUGCUAACCUGCAGAAUGAAGUCUCUGUUCAUAUAUCUGAAAAGGUGAUCAUUAUCGAGCGCAAAUCUGUGGCCCGUGUUACUUACACCAUCACUCAAGAGGUCAGCGUGUCAGUGAGUGCACACUUGUCUGGUAAAGUGUGUGGUGCCUGUGGUAACUUUAACGGCAACAGCAAAGAUGACAUGACAACUUCUGGUGGCCAGAUUUCAAUCAACAUCAAGGAGGUUUUGGAUUCAUGGAGGUCCAAAGAUAUCUCCAGCUGCACCUAUUCUGAUACCCAGAUAAUAGCUGGAUUAGAUGUGGAUACAUCAGAUGAAGGGGUCAGGAUCUGCUCAGCCAGAUAUGCAGGAAAAGAAUUUGCUACAGUUUUUAUGCAAAACAUAGACCCGACUGCAGAUGACCCACAGUUUGAACUUCAAAUCUCAGCCUACUACCCAAAAACACAAAUCAAAGUCACAGUACCAGAGACAUCAUUUUCACAAAACUUUGAUGUUGCACCUGGUCAGGGUGUAACAGUUUCCUUGCCAAACGACAUUGAGCUGCUUCAGACCAAAAAGUAUUUUAACACAGUUCUCAUUCAAGCAACACAAGACAUAACAGUGCUGAGCUUCAACUCUAAGAAGGUAUCAGCUGAUACCUCCAUUAUUUACCCAGUAAGUGAGUGGGGCACAGAUUACUAUGCCUUUACACCAGAGGGAAACCCCCCUAAGUAUUAUAAGGAGAUAGCAAUUACAAACUACAAUGUCCCUAAUGUGGUGGAAGUCUUCCUCAAGGGGACAGUGAGGUUUGAAGGUAAACUAUAUGUUGGUGGAUCCAGACUAAGUAUUGAGCUUAAAGCAUAUGAAAGUGUCCAGCUGCAGAGUGUCCAUAGCUUAUCUGGUACCCGUAUUAGAUCCAAUUCUCCCGUGGCUGUCUUAAGUGGUCACAUGUGUACAUGGAAGAACACCAAAUGCAACCACGUGUAUGAACAGCUGCUACCUGUUCCGAAGUGGGGCAGCAAUUUCAUUAUCCCUCCUCUUGCAUUCCAGACUGAGGUUGAUUAUGCCUACAUUUUCGCAUCUGAGCUUACCAAGGUCACUAUUGAGUCUGGUGGCACCCGUGAAUCUAUCACCUUGAUGCAGGAGAAACUGAUUCAGAUAGAUGUCAAAUUUCCCAAUGCUAUCAUCAUCUCAGCUAACAAAGGCAUCCAGGUCAUGUUUUUGUCAACUGGUGGCUAUAUAGGUGAUGACUCAUUUGACCCUUUUCUCAUUAACGUUGUAGACACAGGCAGUUUUUGUAACAGUUUCACAUUGCAAGGACAAGAUAAGUUCAGAAAUUUAGCAAUCAUUGUGGCUCGGGAGAGUGCCAGGGCAGAAAUUAAGCUUGAUGGAAAACUGCUGCAGUCAGACAUUACAUGGAGGGCAAUAGGGGGGUCAGAGUACUCCUGGGCUGAGGUGAACUAUUCAGAUAGACCUGGUCGGCACACCUUCAGCCAUCUAAACUCAAAUUUCAUUGUCUAUGGAGUGGGCACCAGUGAAAUGAAUGGUUAUGGCUCAGUGAUACCGUGUGGUCCUGUAGUCAUUCUGGACUGCAAAACCACAACAUGUAAUAAGAAUGAGAUCUGUGUGAUGAAGGACGGCUUCCCCAGCUGCAUUAAUAAUGUGCCAGGAACCUGCUGGGCAAUGGGUGACCCCCACUAUCACACUUUUGAUGGGCGCACUUUUGACUUCAUGGGCACCUGUACAUACACCAUUGCCAAAACCUGCCAUGGAGAAACCAGUCUUCCGACCUUUCAGGUUGAAGCCAAAAAUGAGAACCGAGGCAACAUGCAUGUGUCAUAUGUGGGAAUGGUCAUCAUUAAAGUGUAUGACUACACCAUCACUGCGGUCCAGUCUGAGAAAGGCAGAAUUCGGAUUAAUUUCAUGCUGCGGUACCUGCCUGUGAACCUUGAUGAUAGCAAGAUUCAGAUAUACCAAAGUGGCCCCUCUGUCUUUGUGGAGACAGACUUUGGCUUGAAAGUUCACUACGACUGGGAUCAUUACUUGGUAAUCACUCUCUCCUCUACCUACAAAGGAAAGGUGUGUGGUCUCUGCGGCAACUUCAAUGGCAAUCCAAAUGAUGACUUUACUACCCCCAGUGGCACCCUGGCACCAAACGCAAUUGACUUUUCCAGCAGCUGGAAGGUUACUGGAGUUGUAGGCGGAGAACUGUGUUGGGACAACUGCAAUGGUGAAUGCCUGCGCUGUGAGGAGAACUUAAAGAAAGGCUUUGAAAGCGAGCUCUUUUGUGGGCUGAUCACCAAAGUCAACGAUGGACCAUUCCGCAUGUGUCACUCCAUUGUAGACCCAAAGGUCUACCUGGACAACUGCGUGUAUGAUGUCUGCAUCCACGGGGGUUAUCAACACUUCCUCUGCCAGUCACUACAGGUGUAUUCGGAUGUUUGCCAGCGUGCAGGCAUUGUUGUCCACGACUGGAGAAGCAUGGUCAACUGCUCUGCCUCAUGCCCCGAGAACAGCCACUACGAGAACUGUGGAAACGCCUGUCCAGCGACUUGCCUUGACUCCGACGCCCCUUCAAAAUGCAAGUCUUACUGCAUAGGUGGCUGCCAAUGUAAUGCAGGAUACGUCCUUAGCGCUGAAAAAUGCGUGCCAGUCAGAAGCUGUGGUUGCAACUACAAUGGGCAGCAUAUCCCAACUGGGGAGAAGUUCUGGGGUGAUAACACCUGCCAACAAAGAUGCUACUGCAACCCCACUACCAACAAGGUUGAGUGCAAGAACCAAGGCUGCAAGUCCGGCGAGCAGUGCAAGGUUGUCGACGGAGUAUCUGGCUGUCAUCCAACUAACUACAAAACAUGCUCAGCAUCAGGAGACCCCCACUACCUUACCUUUGAUGGACGUCGCUAUGAUUUCAUGGGCACAUGUGUCUAUCAGUUGGUUGGAGUCUGUAGUAAUGACCCAGAUCUUGUGCCUUUUGAGGUUGAUGUGCAGAAUGACCACAGAGGCCACACAGUGGUUUCCUACACAAAGUUAGUCUUAGUCAAGGUGUACGAUGAGGUUAUCGUGAUGAGCACGGUGCACCCCAAGCAAGUCAUGGUGAAUGAUGAGCUGCUCAACCUGCCAGUCUAUCGCAGUAAUAAUCGGGUGAUGAUGUAUCUCAGCGGAAACAUUGGUGUCAUUGAAACCAACUUCAACCUAAAGGUCACCUUUGACUUCAGUAGUGUGGUCAGAGUGACUUUACCCAGCAGUUAUUCUGGAGCUGUCUGUGGCCUUUGUGGAAACUACAACAGCAAGAACGAAGAUGACAUGGUCAUGAAAAAUGGCCGUCUUGCCAGCAACCCCACAGAAUUCGGCCAGAGCUGGCGUGUGGCAGACAUUCCUGGCUGUGUGGAAGGCUGUAAGGGUACAUGUCCAAAUUGUGAUAUCACUGAAAAGGUUCAGUAUGAAACCGACAGCUACUGCGGCAUCAUUAAAGACCCCAGUGGUCCAUUCCGGGACUGCCAUGCCAAGGUGAACCCUGCUGGCUACUUUGAAAAUUGUGUGUAUGAUGUGUGCCUCUACAAAGGAGUGAAAUCCGUCCUGUGCCAGGCGAUUAUUGCCUACACAUCAGCUUGCCAACACGCUGGGGCUACCAUCUAUCCUUGGAGGAAAGAUACCUUCUGCCCUCUCACAUGUCCUAAAAACAGCCAUUAUGAGGUGUGUGCCGAUGGCUGCCCAGCAACCUGCCAUGGCCUAAACUCACCAGUGGGCUGCAAAGCCCUUUGUCAGGAAGGCUGCUCCUGUAACGAUGGCUUCAUUCUCAGUGGUGAUUGUUGUGUGCCCAUAUCAAAAUGUGGUUGUCUGUACAACGAGAAGUACUACAAGCUUGGUGAAGUCUUCUUCCCCAGUGGUCUUUGCCAGGAUCAGUGCACAUGUCAGCAGAAUGGCAAGGUUGAUUGUAAGAAGUUCUCCUGUGGUGCCAAUGAGGAGUGCAAGGUGGAGGGAGGAGUGAGAAAGUGUCACCCAAAAGGAAAAGGUGUCUGCUCUGUCUCUGGGGGCUCACAUUACAUCUCCUUUGAUGGCUUAAAGUUUGACGUCCAAGGCACCUGCACGUACACCUUGACGAAAUCUUGCCACAUUGAAGGAAAUCCAGCACUACAGUCGUUCUCUGUUGACUUGGAAAAUGAGAUGUAUGGUAACGGCAAAGUGUCGGUCACCAAGAUGGUCGCUGUACAGGUGUUUGGCAAUACCUUAAUUCUGAAGAACAAUCGGCCUGGACUUAUGAUCAAUGAUAUUUGGUUUAACCUUCCAGUCAAAGUGGGAAAUGUCCGUGCCUACCAGAAUGGAGUCAACGUCAUCAUUGAAACAGAUUUUGGCUUGAUAGUCACUUAUGACCUCGUUUAUCACGUCACUGUUACUGUUCCUGGCAACUAUCGAGACAAGAUGUGUGGCCUUUGUGGCAAUUUCAACAUUGAGAAGAAGGAUGAUUUCAAGCUGCCUACUGGCUCCCUGGCAUCAAAUGCUCGAGUGUUUGGCGGGGCAUGGAAAAUCAACAUUCCUGACGUAGUGUGUGACGAUGGCUGCAGUGAAGGAAACUGUCCUGUGUGUAGCACUGACAAACAAGCCAUCUUCAAAGAUCUUAAUUACUGCGGUCUCAUCAUCAGUUCUACAGGACCGCUAGAUGCCUGUUUUGCAGUUAUUAACCCAGAAAGCUAUUUCAGCGACUGUGUGUCUGACAUGUGCAUGUCUAAUGGAGACCUAAACAUAGUUUGCAAUAGCGUUCAGGCCUACGUUACAGACUGCCAGCAAGCCGGUGUGAAUAUUCAGAAAUGGAGAACUCCAUCUUUUUGCUCAAUAAAGUGUCCUGCAAACAGCCAUUACGAGCUUUGUGCACAAUCCUGUGAUACCUCCUGUGCUGCUGUUUCAGGAAUAAGCUGGUGCCCAGCAGUCUGUGUUGAGGGAUGUGCAUGUGAUGACGGGUACUUCUUUAAUGGGGAGAAGUGUGUGCUCAUUGAAAACUGUGGCUGCUUUUACAAUGACAAAUAUUUCAAGUCUGGUGAAGUGGUAAUUACAGAAAACUGCCAGAAACAAUGUGUCUGUGACUUCCAUCGUGGCAUGAUAUGUGAGGCAUACACUUGUGCUGAAGGCACCAAAUGUGGAAUUAAAGAUGGAGUUAUGUCUUGUCGCUCCACUGAUCCAUGCAAAGAUGUAAAGUGCCGACCUAAAGAAAAAUGCAAAGUGCAGAAAGAUAUUGCAGUGUGUGAGCCACAAUACACUGGCACUUGCUGGGCAUGGGGAGACCCCCACUACCGCAGCUUCGAUGGCUACUACUUUGAUUUCCAGGGUACUUGCACCUACACCAUUACUGAGACAUGUGGAGAUAUCGAAGGCCUGGUCCCAUUUUCUGUCACUGAGAAGAAUGACAAUCGUGGCAGCACUGCUGUCUCUUUUGUAAGGACUGUGACCAUCAAGGUUUAUGGCUACACCAUUGUCAUACAGAAACAACAGAUAGGAAAGAUAAUGGUAAACAAUGAGCUUCUGAAUUUGCCUGUGACCCUUGAUGAUGGCAAAAUAAAGCUAUUCCAGAGUGGAAAUGAUGCCGUUGUACUCACCAAUUUUGGUCUGCGAAUCUCUUACGACUGGAACUGGUAUCUGCUAAUCAAUUUGCCAAGCAGCUAUUACAACAGCGUCUGUGGUCUCUGUGGCGACUUCAAUGGUAACAUCGAGGAUGAGCAAAGGGGAAAGGAUGGCAAGCUGGUAUCAUCAGUCAUUGAUUGGGCAAAGUCCUGGAAGGUGAAUGACCGAGAUCCUUUCUGCUGGGAUUACUGCCAGACCAACUGCCCCGUAUGUGAAGAAAACAUGCGUAACAUCUAUGAGAGUGAACAAUACUGUGGGAAGCUCACCAUGAAGACAGAGGGAAUUUUUGAGCAAUGCCAUGUCAAGGUUGAUCCAGACAAGUUCUUUGACAGCUGUGUCUAUGACGUGUGUCUGUACAGUGGUGCCAAGAAGCUUCUGUGCCAAGCCUUCAGUGCUUAUGCUGAAGCAUGUUUAAAAGAGGGCAUUGUCAUCAAGGACUGGAGGAAACUUGCCGAUUGCCCAAUGGACUGUCCUGAAAACAGCCACUAUGAAUCCUGUGCCAGCCCUUGUCCAGUUACUUGUCCGUUCACUGAAAAAGUUUCAGUAUGUGAAAAAAGCUGUGUGGAUGCUUGCGUAUGUAAUAAUGGCUACGCUCUAAGUGGAGGAAAAUGUGUGCCCAACACGAGCUGUGGCUGUUCCUACCAAGGUCGCUACUAUGAGCCAAAUGAGAAGUUCUGGGCUGACGACUUCUGCAAUGUUAGCUGUACAUGUGAUCCUAAGUUAGGCAUGGUGAUCUGUAAGGAGUCCGGCUGCAAGUCAAAUGAGCAGUGCAAGGUGGUGGAUGGAGUGAAGGGCUGCUAUCCACUCGGCUACUCCUCAUGCACAGCAACUGGAGAACUCCACUACAAAACCUUUGAUGGGUACACCUUUGAAUUCCAUGGCACCUGUGUCUAUCAACUUGUUAGGCUGUGUACAAAGGAUGGCCUUACUCCAUUUGACAUUGAAGUCAAAAACUCCAACCGUGGAAACAGUGCAGUGGCCUCCACCAGUGAACUCAUAAUGAAAGUGUAUGGUAUUGACAUUGUCAUCAGUAUGAAUUAUCCCUUCAAAGUGAUGGUUGAUGGAGAGUUUGUCGCUCUACCGUUUUAUUAUAAUGACAACAACCUGAUCAUGUUCUACAGUGGAUUUGGAGUGACUCUCACAACUGGGUUUAACCUGCAGUUGACAUUCACUUGGAACAAUGAGAUCACUGUCACACUGCCAAGUAGCUAUUCUGGAGCUGUGUGUGGCCUCUGUGGCAACUACAAUCAGAAGUCGGCAGACGAUAUGCUGAUGCCAGGAGGCAAACCCGCACCCAGCAUUGUGAAGUUUGGAGACAGCUGGAAGGUGGCCGAAUCUCCAGGCUGCUCAUCUGAGUGCUCAGACCCACUCUGCCAUUUCUGCUCUGACUCAGAGAAAAACGUGUAUAAGGCUGAACAUUACUGUGGAAUCAUUGCAAAUAAGGCUGGACCCUUCCGUGAAUGCAUUCCCAAGAUUGAUCCCACACCUUUCCUGGAAAACUGUGCAUAUGAUGCCUGCAAUCAGAAGGGUCACCACUCAACUCUCUGCAAAGCAGUGACUGCCUACGUCUCUGCUUGUCAAAAUGCCGGCCUUACUGUAUACCCAUGGAGGAGCAAUAGUUUUUGCCCUGUCUCCUGUCCCAAGAAUAGCCACUAUGAGAUCUGCACAACUGGAUGCCCCACCACAUGCUUUGGCUUGUCUGCCCCAGAGAAAUGCCAACCAGGUUGUAAGGAAGGCUGCCAAUGUGAUAGCGGUUUUAUCUUAAGUGGAGCCCUGUGUGUGCAUAUUUCUGAAUGUGGCUGUGUCUAUGAAGGAGAGUAUCACAAAAAAUGUGACGUUUUCUAUCCGAAAGGAGAAUGUAAAGAAGAGUGCAAAUGUAAUGAGAAAGGUGGGGCAGUCUGUAAGAAGGUCUCCUGUGGAGCCAAUGAGAAGUGCUCAGUGGUGAAUGGCAAACAUGGCUGCCAUCCUGUUGGAGAGGGCAAGUGUGUGGUUUCUGGCAAUAUCCACUACAUCUCCUUUGAUGGCAUCAGGUUUGACUUCCAGGGUACAUGCAGUUACACUUUGACUAAAGUGUGUAGUGGGGAAGCAGGCUUGAAAUAUUUCUCUCUGAAUGUUGAGAAUGAGCAGUUCGGACCUGUGGCUAUCACGAAGGCAGUGACAGUAAUGGUCUAUGGCUACAGCAUCACAAUCCGACAAGGAAUGCAGUGGGAGGCCAUGGUGGACAAUGAGUUGCAUCAGUUGCCACUGUCACUUAAUGGAAAGAGGAUCACAAUCAAACAACUGGGCAGCGGCAUUCUUAUCCAAACAGAUUUUGGCCUUAAAGUCCUCUAUGACACCAAAAGCUACGUGGAUGUGACAAUCCCUGGAAAUUAUCGCAACAAGAUGUGUGGUCUGUGUGGUAAUUUCAAUGGCAACCCAAAAGAUGAGCUCCUCCUCCCUACUGGUGUGAUAGCCUCUGACGCAGAAGCCUUUGCUCUAGGCUGGAAGUUGGAUCUCCCUUGGGUGAAAUGUAGUGGAGGAUGCGGUAAAAGCUGUCCUGUCUGUGACCAAAGUAAGCGAGCCCUGUACAUGGAGGAAAGCUCAUGUGGCAUAUUCAAGCUGACCAAUGGGCCAUUCCAAGACUGUCAGUCCAAGGUGAAUCCAAUGCCCUUCUUCCUCAACUGUAUCUAUGAUGUGUGUGCCUUUGAAGGAGACAAGUCGAUCCUUUGUAGCAGCAUUCAAGCCUACGCCAUUGCAUGCCAGGCUGCUGGUGUGAAGAUCAAACCAUGGAGAAGUGCUUCCUUCUGCCCGGUUUCUUGUCCAGCUAACAGCCACUAUCAGCAGUGUACAGAUACCUGCUCCACAUGUGCCGACCUCAAUGUCCCAGUAAUGUGCACUGAUCGGUGCUUUGAGGGCUGCCAGUGUGAUGCUGGCUAUGCGGCCAGUGGAAGCAAAUGCGUACCUAUGGAGUCCUGCGGCUGCAUGUUUGAGGACAUCUAUAUGCAAGUUGGAGAGCUCAUUGUGUCAAAUGAUUGCUCCAGGAAGUGCACAUGUUUAGCUUCUGGUGCUGUCUCCUGUGAAAAACUGGUGUGCCAAGCCUCAGAGGUCUGUGAGACUCGAAAUGGCAAACGGGGAUGUCAGCUGACAGAGGGUAAAUGUGAAGUCAAGUCAAAGGGCCUCCUUACCUCCUUUGAUGGCCUGCAGGUUCAGUUUGGAAAUGGUGCAUUUGAGAUUGCUUAUCUCUGUGAUGAAAAAUCUGUUGACUGGUUCCGUGUGGUAGUGGAUGUCCGAAUAUGCAACAAAGACAGCAUUGCAGCCAGUGUCAUGGUGUACGUGUACUUUGGAAACACCUAUAUUGCUGUCAAUAAUCAGCAUCAGACUUGGGUCAAUGGAAAGAGAAUCAAUCUGCCUGCCAAAUUGCAGAAUGAAGUCUCGGUUUCCAUAUCCGAUAAAGUGAUGAUCAUCGCGCGUGAAUCUGUGGCCCGUGUUACUUACAGUAUCACUGAAGAGGUCAGCGUGACAGUUAGCGAACAGUUUUCUGGUAAAAUGUGUGGUGCCUGUGGUAACUUUAAUGGCAAUAGUAAAGAUGACAUGACAACUUCUGGUGGCGAGAUUUCAAUCAACAUCAAGGAGGUUGUGGAUUCAUGGAGGUCCAAAGAUAUCUCCAGCUGUGGCCUGUAAUUAUUAACAAGAAAUUUCACAUUUGGAAGAAUUAAAUGAAUUCAAUGGAAGAUGAAG